AUGAUGCAUUAUUUGGAAGAAACAAACAGAGUAAAUCCUUUUUUAGUAAAGGUGGCUUGGAAGAGCUCCAUAAUUACUGAAAGACGAACUUUGGGGUGUGUAGUGAGCCCAUACUCCUCCUCCAUACAUAUAUCUGCUCUGCUCAUUCCCUCGGUCAACCUAAAAUCGAACCCAUGCACCAAAUUCGCCAGUGUCGUUCGGACCAUUCUAAGCCCGAGGCCAUACCCCGGGCACCUCCUCCUGCCCGACCCGAACGGCAAUAGUGCGAAGUUACUGCCCAAGAACCUCUUGGGCCAGAACUUCUCGGGCUCUUCCCAGCGUCUCCUUGAUGAUGGACUCGAUGUAGGGCAGUCGGGAGAAGUCGUUCUCCUAGACCCAUCGGUUUCCCCCGAUUACCCAGUCGAGCUCGUCUUUAGCCCUCUCCAUUGCGUGGGGGUGCUUGAGAAUCUCGAGUAUGGCCCGCUCGACCGUGGUUGCUGUCGUAUCUGUGCCUCCGACUAG